ACAUUGAGGUGACAGAUUUUCAGUGAGUUUUGAAUGGUGGUGACAGGUUGAUAUCCGUUUGUUUAAAACAUAAACAAUGAUUAUAUCAGCUUCAGAUUUGGCAAAAUACAGAUUACUGUGAGAACAGCUUUUUGUGGGAUAGGUUCUUUGUGAGAAUAUUUGAUUGAGUUGGAAUAAAGUUUUGACUUGUUUUGGCCUAAAUGGCCGAAUUCAGUUCAAAUUCUUAAGGUAAAAAUUAUUUAGUGAUCAGGAGAUUUAAUAAAUAUUUUGGAUGGAUGUGACCACUGUAUUCGUAUAAAUUAGCCACUAUGAAUAUUUAUUUUCAAGUUUCACAGUAUUUCAGUUAUGUAGAAAUGGGAUUACAAUUGUGGUUUUUACUGUUGGAGAGUUUUCAGGUGGUUUAGAACAACACAAGCAAAAUGACGCUGGAACGAAAUUUACAAUUGCCCGCUGAAGUUGUGACAAAAAGAAUGGCGGCGGGUCACAGAACAACAGCGAUGGACAUUCCGAAGAAAGACGAGCCAAUCAACAGUCGGAAUAGUCCGAGUAACCUACAAGUUCUCAUGACAAGCAGCUCCGACUUCGAAUUUCCAAAUAGUAUGCUUCAACUGGACCACGAUAUAGAGCAGCUCAGUCUCACUGAACAGUCCAACUCGAGCACCGACGUCUCCCCCACAGCACACUCUGCACCUGUCACACCGUGUCACAAUCAGUUUAACAGUGUAGAUUACACAGCUACUCAGGGUGGAUUCUUCGAGGGGCUGCUGGGAUGUCUGCGACCAGUGUGGACCAUGAUAGGCAAAGCUGCUGUCGCCGAAAUGAAAAAAGACAGCACUGAUGACUGGGAAAUUCCAUUUGAGAAUAUCUCGGACCUGCAGUGGCUCGGCAGUGGUGCACAGGGAGCUGUAUUUCUCGGGAAGCUGAAUGGCGAGGAGGUAGCGGUGAAGAAGGUCAGGGACGUAAAAGAGACAGACAUUAAAAAUCUCAGGAAACUAAACCAUCCCAACAUCAUUCCAUUCAAGGGUGUUUGUACGCAGGCGCCGUGUUACUGCAUUAUCAUGGAGUACUGUCCGUAUGGUCAGCUAUACGAGAUUCUACGUGAUGGGAAGGAACUGCCGGUAACGCUGGUUCUCGAUUGGGCAAAACAGAUUGCAAGUGGAAUGAAUUAUUUGCAUAAUCAUAAAAUCAUUCACAGGGACCUCAAGUCACCAAAUGUGUUGAUUGGUAAGAAUGAUGUAGUUAAGAUCUCAGAUUUUGGGACCAGUAAAACGUGGAAUGAGAAGUCGACCAAGAUGUCGUUUGCCGGCACAGUGGCAUGGAUGGCACCAGAAGUCAUCAGGAAUGAACUGUGCUCUGAGAAAGUGGAUAUAUGGUCAUAUGGCAUAGUGCUAUGGGAGUUAUUGACAGGAGAAAUUCCAUAUAAGGAAGUGGACUCGUCAGCUAUAAUCUGGGGAGUAGGUCGGAACAGCCUUCACUUACCCAUUCCAGCAACCAUCCCCGAGGGAUUUAAAUUGUUAAUGCGACAAUGCUGGAGUGCCAAGUCCAGGAAUCGUCCGUCAUUUCGCCAGAUUCUGAUGCAUUUAGAAAUUGCCUCCCCUGAACUGCUGAACUUUGAUCAGGAAGACUUCAUAAAAUCGCAGAUUAAAUGGAGACUGGAGAUUGGAGAAGCGUUGGAGAAGAUACACAGUGAGGGCAGCCACCUGGCACAGAAUGAGGAGGAGCUGGUCAAACGUAGACUUCAGGAACUGAGGCAUGCACAGGAUGUUAGGGAACAUUAUGAGCGGAAGUUGGAACGUGCCAAUAAUCUCUACAUGGAACUGACAGCCUGUAUGCUACAGCUGGAGAAACGUGAGAGAGAACUCAUCAAACGUGAACAGCAACUGGCAAUGUAUGCAAAGAAAAGAAAGAGUAUAUUACGGCCAGUCAUUCGACAGGAAGUAAGGCUGGACAGACUGAGCAAGAAACGAGCAUAUAAAUCUGGUUCAGAACCCACAAGUCCGGAGAAGAGUGGAAGUUCAGCAAACAUUCCGCCUCCAAAAGAACUAAGCCCCACCCACAUUCACCCAUCACCCACCAAGAUGAGGAUGUGGAAAAGGCGUCAUCGCCGUAGCAACAGCAAAGGCGCUAUUUCUACCUCCAAUACUAGCCCAGUGAAGAGUCCAACCAAAGAUGCACUUCAUGAUGAGCUACAAUCAAACCAAAUAAACUUACGUCAUGUUGACAGAACUACAGUUUCUCCUUCAACAUUUAACUUUUUGGGCCCGGCAACAGCUUUGAGAGAGUUGGGGAGCCCAACAGAACAAAAUCCUGUACAAGAACUCGAUCUUACUGCAUCUAGUGUUAACUGUGAUAAAAACUUAAAUGAUGUGUGUUUUGGAUGUGAAGGUCAUUGUUCAGACGUUACUUGCUCUAGUAAAGAGACAACACCAUCGAGAGAGAGUGCAGACAUUGAAAGCAAUGCUUGUGAUUCAACAUAUGACACUACACCAAGUCCCUCUUGUCAUAUAGAAAAUAUCGUUGAAUUGCAAAAACAGAAUGAUGAAAACGAUUUAGACACCAAAUCAAAAUCAACAAUGUUGAACGAUUUAGACUCUAAUGAAAAUUUAAAAUCUUCCUGUGUUACAAACGAUAGUGAUGCUCCAAUUAUUGAAAUUACUAAGGGAGAUAAUUCAAAUUUAGACUAUACAAUAAAAAGGAGUAUUUCAGAUGUAGAGUUUUCUCCCUCUAAUCCUCCUUCUCCUAUGGGACUAGACAAAAUGGAGGAAGACAGUUUUAUUGGGCAGACAAGAAAUUCUGUGAGAUACAGACGUCCAAAAAAUUCUGAUGAUUCCUGGUCUGAGGAAGGUGAAGUCAGUUCCGAUGAUGGUUGUCGACGAAUACACAGUCGACAGUCAUAUUGUUCCAGCGUAAGUUCCGAGGGAAAUAUUUCUGAGGAAGAAAAUACGAGCGAAGUUUCUAUGAGAGAUAAUGGACUCUUGUCAACCAAUAGUUCAGAAAAUUUACAAAUUGAACUAGCAAAAUGUGCAAAUUUAGAAGGUUUAUCCAGUGAUGGAGAAAUGAAAUUCCACCGAAUCAAGCAACGGGCUUCCCCUCAGCGAUCAUUAGAGGUUCAUCAUGGCUAUUCAAGUUCUGACUCGGAUCAAUGUUCAGAUAUAACAGUGCACACAGCCAUUCAUAGGAAGAGGUCUGUGGAAAGUCGAGACUGGUAGUCGUCCUAACAGUCAACAUGGUCUGAACUAUUAUAUUGCUGUUCCAAGCAACCAGUCUGUUGGAUUUACACUGCUACCAGUCUGGUGAAUAUAGACUACAGCCAAAGAGUACCCAGUCACAUUGAACUGUUGGCAAAACCAGUCUGAUAAACAGGGCCUGUAGUCACCAAGAACUAGUCCAUUGUAUCAGUAUACAUAACCAGUCCAGCAAGAGAAUGGACUGCUGUAACAAAGCACAAAUACUAUAGUCCAAGUCGGCAAGACUAGGCUAAUUACUGAUUACAGUGUUUUACAUGGAAAACAAGACCUUUUAUUUCAGUCAACACCAUAUUGUGAAUAACAUGGACAGAGUUCAAAUCAAAUUUAAAAUUGACAAAAAUAAGUCAAAGUAACUCCUAGGAGAUGUCUCCCAGGAAACAAAGCACAAGUCAAGGCCGGUCAUAGAACCAGUCUGGACAGUUUGCAGAACCAGUCUAGACAGUCAUAGAACCAGCUGAAGAAAUACACAGUGUAGGAACAGGGCACCAGUUGUAAACAGACUGGUCCAGUAUAAAAUUACUAGUUUCAGAAGCUAGACAUGGUAGAAAGUAACUAGUUACAACUUUGUUUUUUAGCGAAUAAAAGAUUAUCAUGAAUGAAUUUAUAAAAUGUUACAUACUUUUAUUGGAACAGAUGAAACUUUUCUUACAACCUUAUAUGCUAAUAAUAAAACAAGAAGCAGCAAUAUGAUUUGAUCACUGUAAACUGUAGAAAUGCUGCUUACAGGAAAUGAAAUGUUAAACUUAUAUUCAGACUGUUAAAUUUUGAAAUUUCUAUAUUUUCUUGUUAAAAAACUUACAAUAAUUCAUUAUUUCAUUUGAAAAUAAUCACUGUAGUCUGUUUAAAAAAUCAUUAUAGUCUUUUUCAAAAUAAUACAAAAAUAAUCACCAUAGUCUGUUUCAAUAUACGCAUCAAUAAUUUUAUAGUUUGUUUCAUGAAUUAAAGUACUACUGCAGUGUGGUAAUUGGGUAUAAGUUGAAAACGUAGUUGAAGCUUGAUGAAUACAAUGCUGUUUGAAGGAGAUAAGUUGCUAAGUGUUGGAGUCAUCCAUUUUAAAAUAUUUUGCACAACAUUCCAAAGUUUUUUGUAUCCCUUUUACAAAAUAUAAGAUUCCAUUUCAUAUUACCAUUUUUUGGCAUAAAAAGUGUUACAUAUUUGUGAAAUAUUAUUUCGGUCAAACAAUUUUUCUUGUUGAGACUUUUUUUUAUUUGGAAUUCAAUCUGAAAAUUGGUAGAAAAGUCCGAAAAUGUUUGACUUAUAGAAGUUGGUAUGGUAUAAAGUGUUUUAUCUUUGAUUUCAACUUAAAGUUUUAUUGUGUAUGAGUACACAUAACAGUUGGCGUGACAAUUCUGGACAGAUUUAUUCCCAGACAGAAAAUGUUAUGUAUAUUCUUGCAAAAUUCUCUCCCUUUGUUCAUUGAUCUUGUUUGCAAAUUCCAAUUAAUUGUCUGCAAAUUCCAAAUUAAUUGUUUGCAAAUUCCAAUUAAUCAAAUGACAGAUAAACAGACUAUUAACUUCUUUCAGUGUGAUCUCUAAAAUAAAAUUAAUAAUUAUUCAUAUUUUCAUUUAAUAAGAGGCAACUAGUUGUAUAUGAUGACUGCUAUAUAUGAAGUAGUAGUGAUGGUUUAUCCAAAGAAUUAAUAAAUAUGGAGAACCGAAAAUUGCAGAACUCAGGAUUUAGCAACUGACAACUGACACAGUUACUCCAGAACAAUUUUUAGCAAUAUUAAUGAUGACAAUGAUAUUUUGUCUCAACAUUUUACAAAACAAAAUAGUGAAGUGGAUUCAUCUGUUUUGGAUUGCCAAUUCAAAUUUACAUUCCUUUAUUUCACAGUGAAAUUAAAAUAAAACACAAUAUGAAAUUCAGUGAUAUUAAGACAUACCUGUGAGACUUUAGAAGAGAGUUUUUUAAAGUUUGCUUCAUGUUUGCUAAUUUGAUAAUAUCCAGUUUUGUCAGCUAAAAUUACUCCUAUUAAAAUGAUUCUUCAUGUGACAGAGUCUUUCAGCUGGCUAUAUAAGGCUGGUAGUUCUACCUAGGUGCCCACCUGUGAUGGAAUAAUGGAGGGGUACCUGGGAUCUUCCUCCACCAGCAAAGCUGGAAAUUCACCUUAUGACCAGCAAUUGUGCCGGUGUGACGUUAACCCAACAAAACAAACAAAAGACAGCCAUUAGUGUCACCGUGAUAACUCUUGCCCACUGUCAUGAGACUAAUGAAGCUUUGCUCUAUGUUAUGUUUAAGAUACAAUUCUAUACUUAUUAAUUCUUUGGUGUAUCUUUAAGAUAUCUAUACGAGAGGUUGUGUAACACAGGUAGGGCAACGAUUUACAGUGUUGAUGCUGAAUCUUGUUAAAGGUGUUGAAGAUUUAUAUAAAGUUUUGUCAUAUGUAAGUUAAAAGGUACAUUUUUAUAGCAUGAUGAAACAUUUAAUAUAUUAUUCAUCCCACCUUUAAUAGGAAAUAUUGUUGUAUUUUUCUUCUCUUUAUCAAUAACAGUGUAGUAAACAUGACCGAUUUCAUAUUGCAAUGUAUUCUAGGACAAAAUUACAUUUUUCAUCCUUGUUACACAAAUUAAAAUGCACUUGUUAAAACUGGUACGAAAACCUCUGAAAUAUUUGUAUAUUUGCCAUAGAAAGAAUGCAAUCUGCUCAUAUACAUUUAUUUGUCAUUUUAAAGCAAAACUUUUGAUCACUAUAGUCUGUUUCAUGAAAUGCAUAACGUAACUUAAACUUUGUUAUUGUUAUGGUCUGUUUCAUGAACAUACACAAACACAAAGUUUGUACUUUUAAAAGUAUGAUUUUUGAUUUCUUCUUUAUUUAUCAGUUUCUCUACAUAAGAUUAGUUCUCGUUAUAAAGCACAGAUAUUUUACCAUGCUUUAAGAAAACAUGGAAAAGCAGUAGAGUAAUGUUAUACAUGUUGGUUUUAAAAUAUCAGGCAAUAAAGGACAGUGAUAUAUGUUGGUAUUUUAAUAUCCAGCAAAAAUGGACGCUGAAAUAUGUUGGUUUUAUAAGAUGGGGCAAACUAUAGAGAAUGAUGUUUUUUUGGUAUUGAGGUGUCAAAUAAAAGAGAAUAACAUUUGUUGUCAUUAUGAUUUCGGUCAUGAAAUAGAGAAUGACAUUUGUUGAUUUUGUAAAAUCAGACAAGAACUAGAAAAUGAUAUUUGUUGGCAUUGUAAUAUCAGACAAGAACUAGAGAAUGAUUUUUGUUGAUAUUGUGAAAUCAAGCAAGAAAUAGGGAAUGGUAUUUGUUAGUUUUGUAAAAUUGGCCAAGAAAUAGUGAAUGAUGUAAUAUCAGACAAAACUUUGACAGUGAUGUAUGUUGGUAUUUUAAUAUCAGGCAAAAAUGUACAGUGAUAUUUGUUGGUAUUGUCAAAUCAGGCAAGAAAUAGAAAAUGAUGUUUGUUGGUAUUUUAAUUUCACACAGUUACUGUUAUAAAAUGGUACUCCUGAUGAAGUUAGUUUGUUGUUCAGUUUUGACCUGUACAAUAUGUAUGAUAUUAAACAGUUACAGAUGUUUUACCCUUUAGACUGCUGGUGGCAAGAUACUUUGCUUUUGCGACUAGUGCAGAUGAAGAUCAGCUUGCACAUGCGUGCAGGCUGAUCAUGAUCUGCACUGUUUGCUAUUCAGUCAGUGAAUUUUCAGUGAACACCCCUUCAAAUAAUAAGUGGUACUGUCCAAAUUGAAUGAUGGACCAGUCCAUUAUAGAAAUCCAGCAGGGUAAGGGUUAACAGAUUGACUAUGUAAUGCUGUGUUAUAUAAAGUGCUAUGGUUUAAGUUACAUAGAUUUAUUUGGUUAUGUUUAAGCUGUUCAAAGGUUUUAUUCAUAUUGAAUUAUGAAAUUUUAAAUGUUGUAUGUUUUAUUCAGAAAGUCAGUUUUUAUCUAUUUAUUGAUUUUGUUUUUUUUACAAGUUUAAACUGGAAAUAAGUUGUUAAUGGUUGAAUGUUUAGGGGUUGUUUCAUUUUCAGAUGAUGAUGUUUAAUUCAAGCUAUUUCAUUUAUUGAAUGAUGUCUUUUUUAAACAUUAAACAAGGUCAGUACAAUAAGCAAUACAAAAUUUCAAGACAAUAACAUAAGUGCAUUGUUUCACCAUCUGUACAAACACACAUAGAAUAUACGUUCAAAUACACAAACAAUGCAUUAUAUUUCUUGGAAUCAUAUUUGUUUAUCUUUAUCCAUCAUUUUAAAAAUAAUAUGAAACAGACUUUUUCCCUUACACUUACAGUGCUGCUUCUGAUUAAAGAACAACACUGGUUGUAUUUUCUUUAAGUGUAUGAAACAAACACUAAAGAGGUUAACAUUUCAUUCUUGUACUUUUCACUAAGUGUGUGAGAUGUGAUAGUUCCAGACAUUAAAUUCUUGUCAGAAUUUGUAAGUAUAUACCUCAAUAGAGCAUGCGUAAAAUUUAAAUCAAAACCAUGUACUUACACAUGUUGCAAGAUACUCACUUAAUAAAUAAGAAUUUACAAAAUUCUUUUUUACUGCAUAAAUAUAUAAUAAUCUACUACACAUAGGCAUGCAUUGAAAUCUCAGCUAUUGUUGUUUUUUGGAAAAAACCUAGCGUUGAGAAGUGGAAAACGUAUGUUGUAUUAACCUUUUAUAUUAAAGAAAUGAAAGAUAUGAUAUACAGAUGGGUACACCGUGCUUUAAUCAAAGCAGUGCUAGCAUUUCAUCAUUUACUUUUCAGUUUCUAAAAGAAAUAUUAAACUCAUUACAAGUGGAGUUAAAUAUUAAACGGGUAGGAAUCAUUAACACAUUUAGAGAAAGCAUCACUUCAUUUAGCUACAUGGUAAACUUUGCAAAUAAUCAUUCCAGUUCUACAUGUACAUGGCAUAUUUUUUGCACAUCAGUUUUUUUAGUCGUUGUAUAAAAUAUACUUUUUUUCAGCAUUCCAAAAAGAUAUUUACAUGAUUAUAGAAUUUUUGGAAAAACAAACAAACGUGUAAUCAAAUUCAGGAAAUGUCCAGGAUGGUUGAUGUUUUAGGAGCAUUUGAUGAAUCUUGUUUUAUUUGACAAAGGCAUUGUGUUUUUACAUGCCUGAACAUUGUUUUUGAUUGAAAUUGUACAGUCAAUAUCUAGUGUUGUUUAUUUUUAUGUUAUUCUUUUGAAUAAGUAAAUUCUAAGGGAGAUAAUUACUGUAUAGUGUGGGUCAGUUUGCUCUGCAGCAGUGAUGUCCCUUAAGCUCCACACUUUUUUUUUUAAAGAUGCUGUAACACUGUGAAUCUUGUUUUUUGAAAAAGAAGCUGAGGAAGCUGUUUGUUUUUUGGUUUAUUAAAAAAAUCCCUUUUUUUUCCAAAAGAAAAAGUUAAAUGUUUCCACUUGGCCGAGUGAUUACACUGAACAUUGACAACAAGGAGUGACUAAUAUUGAUUAAAGACAGUAUGUUAGAGUCAUUGAUCUUCCACCUCUUAUUUAUGUAGGAAAGUUGUUGGCUACUUGUGGAGAAGUAAGUACAGUCAAUCAUUCAGCUACCUGAAGUAUAGGUUUGCGUUACAGCAGACAAACUAAUUCUGAAACAGUGUCCUUUGAUCUAUAUUUCAUAUUGAAAGAGUACAAGAAUAGACUGUCUGUGCUUUUGUCUAGAUUUUUACACUAUUUGCAGGGUUAUGAUGUAUUUAGUAGUGGCAUUUAAAGUAGUUUAUUUCUGACUUUUGAUUUUAAUACUUCUUACACAUGUUUUAGAUACAGGUAACUAUGUAAAAUAUAGUCACACUCUCAUUUAUUUGAUGCAGGCAUCUUCAUUUCUUCCAUAAUUUUUUAAACUCAAACAAGGAAUAUAUAUACUAACCUUUCGUUUUCUGUAGAGUUUUUGUUAUGGGAUUUACAAACUAUUGUUUUAAAGGUCAGCAUAAGUUAUAGAGGUAUACCUUGACCUUUAAAUGUGACUCUAACUAAACUAAUCUAGCUAAACUUAGAUUAUUUGAAAUAAGUAAGUUAUAAUUCCAGUCCUGACAAGAGAUUUAGAAUAAUGUAAUUUCAUACAAUUGAAAUAAUACUUUCCUCCUAAAUUAGUAUGAGCAUGAUUUGUACGAAAAAGGCGAAUUGUGGGAAUUUACCUCUUUCAGAUUAGUUUGGUUUUCAAAUAACAAUACAUGUUUUUGUAACAUUAUACUGUAGACUGGAAGAAUAUCUUUACAUAAAUUUGAAACAGCAGAAGUGACUCUGUCUGUGCUAGGUGUUUUUACCUCACUUGUGAAAUUUUCGUUGGGGGAAAAAAAGGCCCAUUUUUUUCAAAUUUCAGGCAGCUGUACCUUUUAAGUUUAGAUACAUUUGAAUGAAAACAGAAAGCUGUAUUACGUACUGGCAUUUAGGAUUUCUGAAAUCUACCAUGUUUUGCCAUUUUAAGUUAUUUAUAAAAUGGUACUUAAUUAAAGUCAGAGUAAACUUUUACAUGUAUUAGUAUAUUAAAACUGUCUAGACAAGAGAUAGAUUUUUUUCACAUCAGUUUACAUAUACUGUUGAUGUUUACAGCAUAUGGUUCUAGAUAUGAAUUUAUUGUGGCCAUUGCCUCAAUUGAUUUUAUAUUGUUGUUUUGUCUGAAUGAAAUAUACUGUUUGCAGACAUAAUAUGCAAAUAUUGUGCAAAAAUAAAAACCUGAUGAUUUA